CACAGAGUCUUGCAGGAUGUUAUGCCAGGUGUAUGUGAUGGUGUCUGUGUAGACAAUUCCCACUGUAGCCAACCUUGCCCUCCUGACACUCAGGGGAAUACGGGGUUUUUAUGCAGGCAAAAGAAAUGGUACAAGAUCACUGAAACCUGCCGGACUCUUAAUGCCUUCAACAUCUUUGAGACAAAUUCAUAUUUGGUUCAGCCAUUCGGAGGAAAUACAAUAGAAAAAGAGUAUGCCAGAAAGUCUGAGACCAUCACAGACAUGCUGAUGCAAAAGUGUCCGGAGGAUUUGUCCUGUGUACUCAGGAACAUUCGGCAGUCUCCCCGGAUCCCGGGAAACAUCGCUGUCAUCGUGCAGCUCCUACACAACAUAUCCACGGUGCUAUUGACGGGUGUUGAUGAGGCGAAGAUGCAGAGUUACAGCGUCAUGGCCAACCACAUUCUUAACAGCAAAAGCAUCUCAAACUGGACCUUCAUCCCCGAAAGAAACAGCAGCUGUGUCUUGCUACACUCGGUCAAUUCCUUUGCAAGAAAGCUAUUUAUAAGUAAGUAUCCCAUUGACAUAUCAGACGUCUUCAUUCAUACUACGGGCACCACCAUAUCCCGAGACAACGCUGGCAAGAAUUUCACUUUUUCAAUGAGAAUUAAUGACACAGGCAGUGAGGUCACUGGGCAGGUGCUGAUCGGUAGAGAUGAACUUCAGAACGUGCCCGCUCCUUCCCAGGCCGUCAGCAUUGCAUUUCCGACUCUUGGGGCCAUCCUAGAAGCCAGUCUUUUGGAGAAUGUCACCGUCAAUGGGCUCGUCUUGUCUGUCAUUUUGCCCAAGGAACUUAAAAGAAUCUCGCUGAUUUUUGAAAAGAUCAGCAAGUCGGAGGAGAGGAGGACACAGUGUGUUGGCUGGCACUCCCUGGAGAGCAGAUGGGACCAGCAGGCCUGUCAAAUAAUUCAAGAAAACUCCCAGCAAGCUGUUUGCAAAUGUAGGCCAAGCAAGUUGUUUACCUCCUUCUCCAUUCUUAUGUCACCCCACAUCUUGGAGAGCCCGAUCCUGAUUCAUAUCACGUACAUAGGCCUGGGCAUCUCGAUUUGCAGCUUGAUCCUUUGCUUGAUCAUCGAGGCCUUGGUCUGGGGCCAAGUGACAAAGACAGAGAUCUCGUACUUACGCCACAUGUGCAUCGCCAACAUCGCGGCCACCUUGCUGAUGGCUGACGUGUGGUUCAUUGUGGCUUCCUAUCUUAGUGGUCCUGUGACACACCACAAUGGGUGUGUGGCAGCAACAUUUUUUGUUCAUUUCUUUUACCUUUCUGUGUUUUUCUGGAUGCUUGCCAAGGCACUCCUUAUCCUCUAUGGAAUCCUGAUUGUUUUCCAUACACUGCCCAAAUCAGUCCUGGUGGCUGCUCUCUUUUCAGUCGGCUACGGGUGCCCUUUGCUCAUUGCUGCUGUUACGGUUGCUGCCACUGAGCCCAGCAAAGGCUACCUGCGACCUGAGGCCUGCUGGCUCAACUGGGACAUGACCAAGGCCCUCCUGGCCUUCGUGGUCCCAGCCCUGGCCAUCGUGGUCGUAAACCUGAUCACAGUCACACUGGUGAUUGUCAAGACCCAGCGCGCUGCCAUUGGCAGUUCCAUGUUCCAAGAGGUGAGAGCCAUUGUGAGAAUCAGUAAGAAUAUCGCCAUCCUGACACCGCUGCUGGGGCUGACCUGGGGAUUCGGGAUAGCCACUGUCAUCGAUGACAGCAUCCUGGCCUUCCACAUUAUCUUCUCCUUGCUCAAUGCGUUCCAGGGCUUCUUCAUCUUGGUGUUUGGAACAAUCCUGGAUCCCAAGAUAAGAGAAGCUUUGAAGAGUCGAGUAACUUCUGCAAAAUGGGUCUCCAGAAUAUCUGAGGUCAUACGUUCCAGGAAUGGCAGAGCCCUGGGAAAAAUGUGCUUCUUCCCGUCUUCUUGCCUCCGGGGAGUAUGAAGGAAGCCUCCCAUGCUGUGGUGCUGAUGGAAGAGUGCAUGAAGUAUGGGAAGGAUGGAAGUCCCCCCUGGCUAAGCUGUUCUUCGCUGCUAAACAUUUCUCCCCAACAACUGUCAACAUACAUGCAUAUAUGCCAUGCCAGGCAUCCACAAGGGAACAGAAAGACAAAAUGAGCUGCAGCAGGACCUUGGUCCUGUUGGAGCCUCCAGCUCCAUGCUGUCAGGUUAUGUUUAUCCUCAGGACGAGAGUCUGGUUCAUCUUGGCCAAGGUGGCCUGGGAUGUCACCUGGCUGGUUUCUGUGGGUUGCUAAGGAGGGGCCCUCAUGAAUAGUCACCAAGAGUUGGGCUGACUCUAAGUAGGUCAUUGCUGGUUCUGUGUACAAAAGGAAUCCAACUGCCAGCAUAGUCCACCUGUCCAAAUUUAAAUGGAUUGCACAGUUAGCCUGGCUUGGGCUUGGAGGAAAGUUGGCCGUGAGCCAAGUGAAAACAGAGCUUCUGAACCAGAAAGUUGCUCGUUGUAAGUUAUGGAGCCUGGAGCCUGGAGCGAUGGGUCAUUGCUAAUCCAGGCUUGAGCCAGAGCUAGAAACCCAAGUCUGCAGGCUUCCAGCUCUGGACUUGCUCCUCAAGACAUGGAACCACUGAGGGACUCUGUCUACUCUGAUGAUGUAAGAUUAACCCUCACCAACAAUAUGUUUUUUUGAAACCAGUGAUGAGGAAGGGAGACUAUCAUAUUUCAAGUACAGAGCUGCUCAUUUUCUUAACCUUGUAGGUAAACAAAUUCGAUGUUCAAACAAGGAGCCCCCCGAUAGGAGAGCAGUACAAUAGGUAGAAGCUCCUUUGGGGGUGGGGGGGGAGCUCUUUUAUAAAGCAGGCACCCAGGCUGAUGCAUCAGAAGGAAAUGAGUGGAUAAAGGAAAAGGGGGCAGUGAACAGCCCCUAAUUAUCCUACCAAGAAGCCAGUGUUAAUGAUGUUACAUUACAAAAGGGAAAGUGAGACACACUUUGUGAAUGAGGGGGUCUCUCUCUUCCUUUUUUAAUGUAAAAAACUUUCUCUAAGUAAGGAAGCUUGAAAAAGCAAAAAAUAUAAGAAGUCAAUCAGAAGGUAGAAAAAUACACCAACUUGCAGGUAAGUCAUCUUUCAAGUGGCAUUGCUUAUCUUGCGACAGCAGUCACAUUUUUCUCAAAUGAAGUCAGAAAGGGAUUUUAACUUGACAUUUCCCUAGUUAUUUCUGUCGAGUCUCUUCUAGGGAAGGGAGUGGGGCAGGCACAGUCCUGGUUUUCAUAACGCGGAGAUCUCAGUACAAAGAAAUGGGACUUACCCAGAGUCAGUAUAUUGAAAUGAGGAUGGAAUCUCAUGAAGCCAAAUAGUUAUAGGAUUAGAAAUCUGGAAAAACUUUAGAAAGGACUGGGUCCAAUGGCCUCAUUUUAUAGAUGGGAACUCUGGGCAUGAACAAGAGAGAGAGACUGGUCUUUCAUCUGUAUGUGCAUUAAGCAGGGAACAGUCCCAUCUAGGAUGAAGGCAUGCUUUACUCAGAUGCAGAGCACUUCCUAGGAUGGGAUGGCAGUAAAGGCAUUUGGCCUUGGGAUUAUUAUUAACCAAGAAAGGGCCCAUGGAUGCUAACAGAGAAACUCCAGAAGUUUUUGGAAAUCCCUUGAAGAAGUUGUGCCCUCUCUCCUGCAGCCCACAAUUCAGUCUGUCCCCUCCUGAAAGAUGUCUGAACCGCACGUUUAGGGUUCCAGGAAUGGCAGAGCCUUGGGAAAAAUGGAAAGGAGGUCCAUUCCACUAGGGAAGACCCCAAGUGGAGACAUAUUCAGUGCCCUGCUCACACCUCACCAAGGAAGUGACUUGGUCAGGUGGCUCAGGGAGAAACUGGUGCUACCAGUGUCUAAGGCUGAUGCGUGGUUAGACACUUAAGACAUGAUGAUUCUUGAGAAAGUUAUUUAAAUUCCUUAGACUUUGAUUUUCUCUACCGUACAUUGAAAAAAAUAGAGUCUACCUCAUAAGGUUGUUGCAAAAAUUAAAUGAAUACGUGUAGGUAAAAUACUUAGAAUAGUAUUUGGCCAUUGAAAUGUUAGCUGUCUUUGUUAAAGUACCUGUGAAUUCACGUACAUACACAGACCCAAGCAAACACACAGGCGUGGCCUUGUGCAGGAGUUUUGACAUUGACACCCUCAUGGAAGUUAGUUCAUUGACUUCUAAAUAAAAGAAUUAAGCAUUUGAUUCAGUCUGUUCAACAUCAGGGGGAUCAGCCAGCAAAAUCUGCUGAGCUUAUCAUUGGACAGUUCUCUCAUUCAGUGUUACUGUGGUUGUAAUACAGAGUCCCCUGCCUGGGAAAGACUCUGGGGUUCUAUUCAGGGCACACUGUGUCUGAGCUCUGCUUCGCUUUUCGCCUUCUCUGUGAAGUCUUCCCUGAUGAGUCCAUCCAGAAGUGCUGAUGGUCCCCACCUGAUUCCUAUAAUAGUUAUAAUCUGUGCCACUCACUUUAUAUUUAUUGUGUUUUAUUGUUUAUUUACCUUUAAUCUUUUGGUGUGCAAAUAUUUUCUUUCUCAGAUAAGACUGUAAACCUUUGGGGGUAGGGUUACUCGCUUGAUUUGCUGACUACGUUACUCCCUUUUGUAUGCCCGAAGUGCAGAGCAGGUGUGUUGCACAAAGAACAUGUUCAAUAAAGGCCUCUG